AUGUCUUACCGCGCGAGGUCCUACUCGCGCUCCCGGUCUCGCUCCCGCUCCCGCUCCACGCCCAUGAGGCGCGACCCCCCCAGCCGAUGCAGCCUCCUCAUCCGCAACCUGCACAAGGAAACGAGGGAAGCCGACUUGCGGUAUUUUGCGGAGAAGUAUGGGCCCGUUCGCGACGUCUACCUGCCCCGGGACUACUACACGGGGGACGCGAGGGGCAUUGGUUUCGUGGAGUACACCAACGGGCGGGACGCCGAGGACGCAAAGUACCAGAUGGACAAGAUGGUCCUGCUUGGGCGCGAGAUCUCCGUUGUUUUCGCGAUGCAAGGCCGAAAGAGGCCGGACGACUACCGCCGUCGCGGGGGUGGGGGAGGUUUGUGCCGGCGACGUCUUGAACCGAAUCCUGAUGUCCGCAAGGGUGUAGAGAACUGGUUCUGA